GGCACUGUGCUGCUCACUCCUCUGUUGGGGCUCCCCCAGGAAGGGUCCGGCCACCCAAAAAUUCACCUCUUCUGCCUCUUGGCCAUGACUGAACUCCCAUCUCUGACCUCUGUGGGGUCCUUGGGGCUCCAAGUAAACAGUGGCCCCCAGAGCUCCCCAGAGGAGGUUCCUACAGCUUGUUCAAGGCCUCGACACAGCCUGGGCAUUCUCCAUGCCUCCUACAGUGUCAGUCACCAGGUUGGACCCUGGUGGGACUUUACAUCUUGCCGGCAGCAGUGGGACAGGCAGAUCCUCAAGGAUGUCUCCUUGUACAUCGAGAGUGGACAGAUAUUGUGCAUCUUAGGGAGCUCAGGCUCUGGGAAAACCACGCUGCUAGAUGCCAUGUCUGGGAGGCUGCGGCGCACGGGGACCUUCCUUGGGGAGGUGUUCGUGAAUGGCCAGCUGCUGCACAGGGACCAGUUCCAGGACUGCUUCUCCUAUGUCCAGCAGAGUGACACGCUGCUGAGCAACCUGACGGUGAGGGAGACUCUGCGCUAUGCAGCACUGCUGGCUGUCCGUCGCUGCUCCCCAGGUUUCCUCCAGAAGAAGGUGGAUGCAGUCAUGGUAGAGCUGAGUCUGAGCCACGUGGCAGAUCGACUGAUUGGCAAUUACAACCUUGGGGGAAUUUCCAAUGGCGAGAGGCGCCGGGUCUCCAUCGCAGCCCAGCUUCUCCAGGAUCCCAAGGUCAUGCUGUUUGAUGAGCCCACCACAGGUCUGGACUGCAUGACAGCAAAUCAGAUCGUUGUCCUCCUGGCAGAGCUGGCUCGCAGGAACCGCAUUGUGAUUAUCACCAUCCACCAGCCACGCUCUGAGCUCUUUCAGCUCUUUGAUAAAAUCGCCAUUCUGAGCUACGGAGAGCUGGUUUUCUGUGGGACACCGGUGGAAAUGCUUGAUUUCUUCAAUGGCUGCAAUUACCCUUGUCCCGAACAUUCAAACCCUUUUGACUUUUAUAUGGACCUGACAUCAGUGGAUACUCAAAGCAAAGAACGGGAAAUGGAAACCUACAAGAGAGUCCAGAUGAUUGAAUCUGCCUACAAAGAAUCAGCAAUUUAUCACAAAACCCUGGAGAAUAUUGAAAGAGCAAAACACCUGAAAACAUUGUCAACGGUUCCGUUUAAAACCAAAGAUUCUCCUGGAGCUCUCUCUAAACUGGGUGUUCUCUUAAGGAGAGUGACAAGAAACUUACUGAGAAAUAAGCUGGCAGUGAUUAUGCGUCUUGUUCAGAAUCUGAUCAUGGGUUUGUUCAUCGUUUUCUAUCUUCUGCGGGUCCAGAACGAUGUGCUGAAGGGUGCUGUCCAGGAUCGCGUGGGUCUCCUAUACCAGUUUGUAGGUGCCACCCCAUAUACAGGCAUGCUCAACGCUGUGAAUCUGUUUCCUGUGCUGCGAGCUGUCAGUGACCAGGAGAGCCAAGACGGCCUGUACCAGAAGUGGCAGAUGCUGCUGGCCUAUGUGCUGCACGUCCUCCCCUUCAGUGUCAUUGCAACCAUGAUGUUCAGCAGUGUGUGCUAUUGGACUCUGGGUUUAUAUCCUGAGGUUGCCAGAUUUGGGUAUUUCUCUGCUGCUCUCUUGGUUCCCCACUUGAUCGGUGAAUUUCUAAGUCUUGUGCUACUUGGUAUGGUCCAAAACCCAAAUGUGGUCAAUAGCAUGGUGGCUCUGCUCUCUGUUGCUGGGAUAUUUGUAGGAUCUGGAUUAAUAAGAAACACAGAAGAAAUGUCCCUUCCUUUUAAAAUCCUCAGUUACUUUACAUUCCAAAAAUACUGCUCUGAGAUUCUUAUAGUCAAUGAGUUUUAUGGACAGAAUUUCAUUUGUGGCAGCUCAAAUGGUUCUGUGACAACUAAUCCAAUGUGUGCCUUCACUCAAGGAAUUCAAUUCAUUGAGAGAACCUGCCCAGGUGCAACAUCCAGAUUCACGACAAACUUUCUGAUUUUGUAUGCCUUUAUCCCAGUUCUUGUUAUCCUAGGAAUAGUUGUUUUUAAAGUAAGGGAUCAUCUCAUUAGCAGAUAGUAAAGAACAUUGCUGCAAAAAUGGACCUUACACCCCAAAUGUGCAUGACUACUUGGAAUGUCUAAACUAAGAAAGUCACAUGUUUCUUGAUAAUAUAAAGUCUUUUAAACAUUAAAACUCCCAUCUGUGCCC